GGAGCUGAGAACAUCUGUAAUUCAAAUAUCCUUAAAUGGGCUUUUGGAUUUAUCGGCAAGAAAGACCACUCAAAGAAGGGGGAGAACAAUUCCUUGGAAUCUGGAAGUGGCGGUCGUCGUGGAAAAAAAAUAAAUAUAUUUUCAGUUGCCUCUGGACACUUGUAUGAACGGUUUCUGAAAAUUAUGAUUUUAAGUGUUCUGAAAGAUACGGACCGACCAGUCAAGUUUUGGUUUAUAAAGAAUUCUCUCUCUCCUCAAUUCAAG